AAAUCGAAGUCGCCACGCAACGCACUCUUCCCAGUUGCUUGCAGGCAGUAGCAAAGAAGCAGGGAAAGGAGGAGGAAGGCGAAGAUGCAGCAGCAGAGCGAAGAGGCCCUUCAACGCAUAGCGAGAAUUUCAGGCCACCUUAACCCUCCAAGCCUCCAGGGGAGGGGAGGAUGGAGCUCGCUGAGGAGAGAGGAGUGCAGAGCAAAAGGUGGAGCUCCGGGUUUCAAGGUGGCAAUCCUCGGCGCUGCUGGUGGAAUCGGCCAACCUCUCUCCCUGCUAUUGAAGAUGAACCCCCUUGUGUCCCUUCUCCAUCUUUACGAUGUCGUCAAUUCCCCUGGAGUUACCGCCGAUGUCAGCCACAUGGACACUUCCGCCGUGGUUCGUGGAUUUUUGGGACAGGACAAACUGAAAGAUGCCCUUACAGGGAUGGACCUUGUUAUUAUACCAGCAGGUGUCCCUAGGAAGCCAGGCAUGACUAGGGAUGAUUUGUUUAACAUAAAUGCUGGGAUUGUUAGGACACUUAUCGAAGGCGUUUCCAAGUACUGUCCUUAUGCUGUUAUUAACUUGAUUAGCAACCCUGUAAAUUCAACUGUGCCAAUUGCUGCUGAGGUCUUAAAGAAGGCAGGCACAUAUGAUCCUAAGCGUCUUCUGGGUGUGACAACACUUGAUGUUGUGCGAGCAAAUACAUUUGUGGCUGAAGUAUUGGGCAUUGAUCCUACAAACGUAGAUGUUCCUGUCAUUGGUGGACAUGCUGGUGUGACAAUCCUACCUCUCCUUUCACAGGUGAAACCACCCUCUUCUUUCACUCCUGAGGAAAUUCAUUACUUGACCAAUCGCAUCCAAAAUGGAGGAACAGAAGUUGUCGAGGCAAAAGCUGGAGCUGGUUCUGCAACACUGUCAAUGGCCUUUGCAGCUGCUAAGUUUGCAGAUGCUUGCAUGAGGGCCUUGCGGGGUGAUGCUGGCAUUGUUGAAUGUGCAUUUGUUGCCUCUGGGGUGACAGAGCUACCAUUUUUUGCAUCAAAGGUUCGGCUUGGGCGAAGUGGUAUUGAAGAGAUCUAUCCUCUAGGUCCCCUUAAUGAGUUUGAAAGGGCUGGCUUAGAAAAAGCAAAGAAAGAGUUGGCAAUAAGCAUUGAGAAAGGAAUUUCCUUUGUCAAUAAAUAAACUCUCCCUCUCCCUAUCUGUCUCGCUCGCUUUCUCUCUUGGUAAUAAAGGUUCAUGGUCUAGCUGCCUCUUCAUGAAUGUUUGUUUAGUAUGUAUGUAUAUAUAUAAUGCCAGAAACGGUUGCGAAAUUUUCUGCCAUGUCGUCACGGUACUUCAACUCGCAACCAUUCUCCACCACAAGUGGAGAAUAGGUGGAACGAGUGGGGCUGUGAAGGGCUUAUGAUAAAAGGUUAUGGAUCGAGUCGGCCUUGACAUUGUCGCUCUUCAGCCUGACCUCUUCUUUGUAACGAGUGAGUUUGUUUUGUUUC